CGCGCAUGCGUGGACCGAUCGUGUCUUACGGUACCGAUCGAGUGACACGGUUCCCUUUUUUUAAAAUAUUUAUAACAGUUCAAAGCAACUUAAGCACAAUGGCCAGUCAGAUCCCAAGUUUAGUGGAGCUUGUUUUGGAGGCCAGUAGUUUGUACAAACAGACGUUCCCGGGUGAGACUCCUCAAAUAGCCGCGUGUGCUCCCGGAAGAGUCAAUUUGAUCGGGGAACACACGGACUACAAUCAAGGAUAUGUACUUCCAAUGGCUCUACCGCUGGUGACUGUGGUGGUUGGAAGUCCUUCACCUGGUGAUGAUGCUAUCAUUGUCACGGCGACUGGGCAUGCUGAUGAACCGAGAAGGGUGAACUUCAGUCUGCCAAAUAAAGGAUCCACAUUGUCUCCUGGGGUGCCAUAUUGGGCAAACUAUGUGAAGGGCGUUAUACAUCAUUACAGGGCUCAACCUCUUCCUGGCUUCAAAGCUGUGGUGGUCAGCAGUGUUCCAUUAGGGGGAGGUCUGUCUAGCUCAGCCUCUCUGGAAGUGGCCUUUUACACAUUCCUGCAGCAACUUAGACCAGAUGAUGGAGACAAAAUAUUGAAAGCAGUAGCAUGUCAACAGGCCGAACACACUCAUGCCGGUGUACCUUGUGGUAUUAUGGAUCAAUUUGUGUCGGUUCUAGGAAAAGAGGGCCAUGCUUUACUUAUUGACUGCAGGUCACUGGAGACCAUUCCUGUCCCCCUAGCAGAUCCAGACCUUGUCAUUCUCAUCACCAACUCCAAUGUCAAACAUUCUUUGGCAAGUAGUGAGUAUGCUGUGCGACGCAGACAGUGUGAGAAGGCUGCCUCCAUCCUAGGAAAAGACAGUCUAAGAGAUGCCACCUUGAAGGACCUAGAAGGGUUUAGGGAUGAACUGGAUGAUGUGAUUUAUCGAAGAGCUCGUCAUGUGAUUGAGGAGAACCACAGAACUGUCAAAGCUGCUGAAUUUUUGAAACGAGGUGCCUACCAUGAGUUUGGUCAACUCAUGUUGGAAAGCCACAACUCCCUUAGGGAUUUAUAUGAGGUGAGCUGUAAGGACUUGGACUGUUUGGUGUCUGCCGCCAUGGAGGUGAACGGAGUAUUUGGCAGCAGGAUGACCGGCGGAGGAUUUGGAGGCUGCACCGUAACGUUGCUGAAGGCCCAUGUCAUUGACAGAACUAUUCAACAUAUCCAGGAGCGAUACCAUGGAACCCCGACUUUCUUUGUCACAACUCCUUCAGAGGGGGCUCGUGACCUCCAGUUAUCCUGAAUAUUCUUGAUGCCAUUAUAACAUUCCUUUUUCUCGUGUUUGUUUGUUCGUUUUUUACUAUUCAAAUUUGGUGGCGUCGGAGCAUAAAAGUAACACUCUACUGUCAACAUUCAAUUAUUUUUAAUACUAAUAAUAACAACACUUUUUGCUCUCAUCUUUCACUUCUCAUGAUGUACAAGGGGAUGAAAAGAAAAUUAAUAUUCAUAUUUGUCAAUGAAACUGUUGUAAAUGUAUUUUUUUCAUGAUUACAGUCGUUUUUUGUUUUUUUUUUACAUUUACUUGAAUUAAAAUCACAAAUUUUGCGCAUUUCUUGAUCAAAUACAGCGCAGAA